UGGACAGACGCAGAGAUACAUUCCUCAGACAAAUGGUCAUUUAAUGCGUAUUUGACGCAAAUUAAUUCUUUAGAUAUUAUUUCUCACGAAAGAUAUCAUUAUGCCAAAUCUCUGUUUCCUGGUGCUAGUUUUAUUUAGCUUCCUAAUGAUCGUAAAUUGCAGAACCUUGCGCGGUGUUUUCAGCUCUCGUUCGGCCCGACUGUAUCAGGGUCAGUAUCUGACUAAGUUCUGCUUUUACGGUGAUGCCCUGGUUACUUUUAAGUUAAACACAACCUCAAGUGGAAAGCUGUAUUUUUUCCUUGAUGAGAAAUGGCCAUUGGUGGAGCAAACAUCACAGUGUCAGAACAGGCUUGAUAUGGCUCAAUAUUCAUUUGCACUUGAAACUACAUCAGGAGAAAAUAAGUUUUCCCCUUGGGAUGACCCCAAGGUAUGGUAUGUUCUGUAUGCGGAUUCUGUGACCUGUGACCCUAGUGUGCCAGCUCUUGAUGACAUUGCAUUCACUUUAGAAAUGCUUAAUCCUGAUUCUGGUGGAAAACCAACAAAUCACUGUGGCUGUGAUGAGACAGGUUUGCUUUCAUUCUAUGAGGUGCUGGCAUUCCUUUACUUUGCUGGAGCAAUAGCUUAUGGUCAGCGUCUGUGGCAGACUAUACAGAAAGGAGGACCCAUGCACUUGGUGAUCAAAAUGCUGUCAAUAGCCCUGAUUUACCAAGGCGCAGGACACUUUCUCACUCUCAUCCAUAUCUACAGAUAUUCCAAGGAUGGUGAAGGCUAUCCUCUUCUUGAUAAUCUCUCCACAGCAGUUAAUGGCCUUGCAGGAUAUCAGAUGUUAUUGAUGAUGGCCAAGUUAUCUACAGGAUGGACUCUGAGUUCUUCUUUUUCAACUCUUGAUCCAAAACAAAUGAAGCAGAUUAAUAUUGGUGUUAUUGUAGUUUCAGGUUUUGAGGUCAUGUUGUCAUUUUGGGAUAUGACUCUUCUUUUAGUUCUUAUAAAAAUUUUGAUAGCUGGUGGCUUUGGUGUCAACAUUAGUAAGAAAAUCACAGAAGAACGAAGUACACUCCGUAGGGAAUUUUAUAAUAAGUUUGCAAAGUGUUGUUUGACAUGGCUUUUAGCAUACCCAGCUUUAGCAAUUUUGUCAUUGGUAUUACCUGUUCAUUCAAGAUUUAAGGUUAUCACAUGGGGCUUGUUGACUGCUCAGUCCAUGUCAAUCCUUUUGCUAUACAGACUCUUUUUAUCAAGGAGUUUAUAUUGGGAGGUAUCUUCUCUUGCUACCAGUACUCUUCCUCUUCGCAUGGACAGAAGUGAAGGCAGCAAGACAUACAACUCUGAGACUAGGACUGUUAGAAUACACAAACACAUUGCUGUUAAUUGAAUACAAACAUCUCUCUGUUAUUUAGGGCUAAUGGAAUGAUAAGGUCCAUGCAAUCAGAUAGAGGAGCUCUGAUAGGGUUAGUAAGUCCUCGUGAUAAGAUGAAUUUAACCAUAUCUGACAGAGCCUGCAAGGAAGCUGUCAUUAUUAACUUGUGGCAUAAGCAUUUCUUUGCCUGUGAGGGCUUGUGUAACAGGAGCCGGUAAGAGGUUUCUGAGGGGUUUGGCAGACACCUCAGAACCCCCCCUAGGUAUUUAACCUUUCUGGAAGACAAAGAAACGCUUGUGCUGUAGUGCUUAUCACAGGGGCCUGCUCAUGGGAUAUCUGCAAUUGGCAAAUGAC